CCCUCUGUGAUCUCAGGCUGUGAUGGCGGAGGUGGAAGACACCGACAUCAUGAUGAGCUACCAGGCGGAUUUCUUAAAAAGCGGCAGGAAAAGCAGCCGCUAUCCGUACUGCAUUGUCUGGACACCUAUCCCGAUUCUAUCGUGGGUGCUUCCCUUCAUUGGUCACAUGGGCAUCUGCACCUCAUCAGGGGUCAUAAGAGACUUUGCAGGAUCCUACUUCGUUUCGGAGGAUAACAUGGGGUUUGGUCGACCUACAAAGUUUUGGAGACUUGAUGUUGAUAAGGUUUGUGGGAAUGGCGCAGCUACAUGGGACCAAGCAGUCCAUGAUGCAUCUGAGGAAUACAAAUGCAGGCCGCACAACUUGUGUUUAGAUAACUGUCAUUCCCACGUUGCCAUGGCUUUAAACCUCAUGAGAUAUGACAACUGCACAUCCUGGAACAUGGUCAACCUCUGUGUGCUGUCCUUCAUUCAUGGGAAGCAUGUCAGCUGGGCAGCAGUCCUGAAGACCUGGCUUCCCUUCGUCAUGCUCUGUGGAGUCCUCGCCACAUUCAUUCUGACGCUGAACCUACAGUAAAACGGCGAGCGGCAUCGGGAGAGGGCUUUAGUUAUACUGAAUACUGUAUUAUCAUUGACAUGAUGAGUGCGUGUUUUGAUGGGACAUUUGCCAGAUCAACAAAAUAUCAUAUGGAGUUCUGAUUGUGUUUAAUUUAACCAUUUUCUUGUUUGUUUGUAGUUUCUAAAGGACACAUAUGAUCAUUUUUACAACUUUUCCUUAUCACUUGUCUUCAGGCUUGUAGUUCCUGGUAGUUAAGUCCAUUUAUUUCAUUGGAAGUAUCAAAGAAUAUAUCAGGAAAGGCGAGGGUUGCUGAAAAGGGAUGUUGACAAUGUGGAACCCAUAAAAAACACUAUGUCCUCAUAAUGCAAACCUGUUUUUGCAAUAUUCAUUAGUUCAUAAGGUUAAAAAAUAUACUGUAAAUAAUAAUAGUUGUAGGUCAGGGGAACCUUGUCUUCCAGCAGCAGCUUGGAGACCGAUCAAAAGGGCAUCCUCUUGAGGGAUUUAGUCUUUUUUUUUAAAGCCUAGUGUGCCUGUAAUUUACUACAGUGGUAAAAACCAAUUGUGACAGAAAAGUAAUUUAAAGCAUUCGAAUAUGGUUUCAGAUGAAUAUCAUUUCUCUAGUUCUGUCCAAUGUAGUUUCUUGGAUGUGCACAGAAAGGCUUUAGUAUAUAUAUAUA